UCACUUGUCAAUUGUCAAAUUUGGCAGAUGUGAAUUGUCUGGUGUUGACUGUUGAGAUUAAGAUUCUGCAAUAGCGUUAAAAUUUUGUUGUAUUUAUCCAAUUUCUAGAAGUCUUAAAAAAGCUUUUCUACACAAGACGAAAUCAUGGAUGUCAAAGAAUGUAAUGAUUUAGCUGAAGAGAAUCAAUUCAUUGUGGACGAUGUGAGUAAAAUUAUCAAAGAAGCUAUUGAAAAUUCAAUCGGAGGUACUGCCUAUCAGCACAACAAAGUUAACCAGUGGACAUCGGCUGUCGUGGAAUCUUGUUUAGGACAGUUGACAAAACUUCAAAAACCAUACAAAUACAUUGUGACUUGUACAAUCAUGCAAAAGAAUGGUGCCGGGCUUCAUACAGCAUCAUCCUGUUUCUGGGACAACAACACAGAUGGUUCUUGCACUGUGCGCUGGGAAAACAAGACAAUGUACUGUAUUGUAUCUGUCUUCGGUCUUGGAAUCUAGCCAUGUUAAUAUGCAAAAGAACUUAAAUAUACUCUGUAUCAUUUACUCUUUGUCAAAGCACACAACUUCCAAUUCCUAAAAUAUAUGCAGUAUGUGUAUUUAAAAUUGUAUUAUUAUUUUUUAUAACACUUGCUUAUUUAGAAGCUUCUAGGGUAAAUUUAACUGAAUAAUCUAGCUGAUACAGUAGCUUAUUAAUAAUUUUACUAAUGUAAUUCCUGCUCAUUUUUUAUUUAACGGUAUUCUAUCAUAAAAUUUUUAAGUUAAUCAACAUUGAAAUGUAGAAGCUAUUUGCUUUCUCUUAAAUUUCAAUUAAGUUAAUAGUCAUUACUUAAUUCUAAGUAAGUAGGAUAUAUUUUCAUACACAAUAAAAUUAAUUAUUAAAAAC